AAAAUAUAUACAUAUCCAAACUAUUAUUUUACUUUUUAAAAAAACAUUUACAAUAUAUUAAAUUUUAGUUUCUAUAUUUUUAUUUACAUAGCUGAUAUAUUAUUAUAUUAUAAAAUUUAUUUAUUUAUUAACCCGCGGUUCACCUGCAAUCGACUCAGUGACCCAGCAACCCAGUAAGUCGUCCGGUUCAGUGUCCGGGUCGGUUUAAAAACAUUGUUCUACCUUUUAAUAUCAUUAGACAGAAGGAUUAAACAAGUGUGUUUUGAAUCCCAAUAAGCUUGACCAACUGAUAUUGAAGUAUAAUCCAUUAUCCACUUUUUGACCAAAAUGAAAAUGACACAUGGCAAGUAAGAAGUGGCUACAAUACAUUGCUUUCAGGAUAUUCUAACUAAUUGAUUCAUACAUCACAGUUAGUACAGCUGGUUAUCCGUUGACGUGGAGUUACGUCUUCUAAUCGGCAUUUAGUAGAAUUCUAACCCAUGAAAUCAGAUCAAAAACCUUUGACAUUAAGGACAAGCAUCAUCUAAACGAAUCAGUUGGGCGAAAAGUGAUUUGAGGAGGUGAUUAUUCUCCACAGUAUUACAAUUACCUUUUAUUUUUAUUUAGUGAUAUAUGGAGGAAGGUUAUUUGAUCUUUUUUUGUUGGGAAUUUUUUUUUAUCUCACUAAUGGUCAUAUGUCUCUGUACAACUAUCUGUGGAGUGUGGAUUAUAUCCCCCAAGAAAAUUUAUUUUACUCUGAUUCUUUCAAAAAUAUCUUCCAGUUUUUUGAACUCAUGGACCCUCCUCCUCUAGUGAUUAUUGACUCACUACUUUGGUGGUUACGCAGGAGAGUUAUGGCUGAGACACUUUUGUCGUUUGGAGUCGAGAAGCUCUGGGACCUCAUUGUCCGAGAAUCUGAUCGGUUUCAUGGAGUUAAAGAGCAAUUUGAUGAAUUAAAAAGUGAUCUGAAUAUGCUAAGGUGUUUUUUGGAAGAUGCAGAUGCCAAAAAACAUGCAAGUGCAAUGGUGAGAAACACUAUGAAAGAGAUCAAAGAAAUUGUGCAUGACGCAGAAGAUAUCGUCGAAACCUUUCUUCUAGAGGAAGAACUAGGAAAUUCAUGUGGCAUCAGGAACAGUGCAAGGAAAUUUUCAUGUGGUGUAUUUGAACGUAGGGGACUUGCUUUCAGUAUAGAAGCCAUAAGUAAGAGGACCUCUAAGGUGAUCCGUGAUAUGCAGAGUCUUGGAGUUCAACAGGUCAUUGUCCAUGAAGGGUAUAUGCAUUCUCUACGAGAAAAACAAAGGGAAAUGCGACAAACAUUUUCUAGCGACGAUGAAAGCGUCCUUGUCGGGUUGGAGGAAAACGUGAAGAAUGUUGUCAGCUAUUUGAUGGAGGAGGAUAGUGUUCAGGUGGUUUCUAUAACCGGGAUGGGUGGUAUUGGUAAAACCACCCUCGCAAGAGAAGUUUUUAAUCAUGAGAUGAUAAAAUGCCAUUUUGUAGGACUUGCGUGGGUAUGUGUUUCCCAACAGUUUACAAGGAAGUAUGUGUGGCAGACAAUCUUGCGAAAGCUUAGGCCAGUAUGUAAAGUCUCAGAGAUGACAAACGACGAACUUCAAGAAAAACUCUUUCAAGUCCUUGAAACGCAAAAGGUUUUAAUUGUCCUUGAUGACAUAUGGAGAGAAGAAGAUUGGGACAUAAUAAAAGCAAUGUUUCCACGCAAAAAAGGUUGGAAGGUUCUACUUACUUCUCGCAACGAGGGUGUCGCAGUGCGAGCAGAUCCAAGUUGUUUUACCUUUAAACCAGAUUGUCUAAAUCUUGAAGAAAGCUGGAUACUUUUCCGGAGGAUAGCAUUUCCUAUAGAAAACACUAAUGAGUAUAAGGUUGAUGAAGAAAUGGAAAGGAUGGGAAAGCAGAUGAUAAAACAUUGUGGAGGACUACCCUUGGCAGUAAAAGUGUUAGGAGGGCUGUUAGCUUCACAAUACACAUUGCGUGAGUGGAAAAGGAUACAUGAGAACAUUAGAUCUUACAUUGUCGGAGGGACUAGUUUCGAAGAGAAGAACGUUAAUUCGGUUUACCAUGUUUUGUAUUUGAGCUUUGAAGAACUUCCUAUUUAUUUGAAGCACUGCUUCCUCUACUUAGCCCAUUUUCCAGAAGACUAUGCAAUAGAUGUAGGGAAACUAUCUUAUUAUUGGGCUGCAGAGGGAAUACCAAGGCCGAGGUAUUACGAUGGAGUAACCAUCCAAGAGGUUGCAGAUGGAUUCAUAGCCGAAUUGGUGAAGAGAAACAUGGUUAUUUCUGAAAGAGACUUUCGUACUUCAAGAUUUGAAACCUGUCAGUUACAUGACAUGAUGAGAGAAGUUUGUUUGCAUAAAGCUAAAGAAGAAAAUUUCGUGCACAUUGUUGAUCUGGGUACCUCAACUGCAUCAUCUCAAUCGCUUAGUUCCCGCAGGCUCGUCAUACAGUCUUCUCACUUUGAAUUUCAUGUGGAGGAGUAUAUAAUAAAUCCAAAACUUAGAUCUUUCUUGUUGACCCAUAGUGCGGUCUUGCACUAUUGGAUGGCAUCAAGUUUAUGUUUUACUAGACUACAGUUUAUGAGAGUCUUAGAUCUCUCUGGAGCCAAGUUUGAAGGAGGGAAGUUACCCCCUGGCAUUGGGAAGCUCAUUCACUUGAGAUAUUUAAGUUUACACCGUGCAUGGAUAUGUCAUCUACCUUCUUCUAUCCAAAAUCUAAAGUUUCUGCUCUAUUUGAGUCUUGAUGUAGAUUGUAGAUAUCAAGUUUACAUGUCAGAUUUCUUGAAGGAGUUACGAAAAUUGAGGUACCUCAGUUUACCGAGGGAAUUACAAGAUGGGACAAAGUUGAAAUUAGGUAAUCUUAUCAACUUAGAGAGACUUGGGAAUUUCUCAACAAAGCAUUGCAGUGUCAGAGAUCUUCACAGUAUGACAAGGCUAAGGGGUCUCUCAAUCAUAUUCAAUGGUGAGUGUACUCUUGAAGCUCUAUCUUCAUCUCUAGGUCAACUGAAACACCUGGAAAAUUUUAAUCUGAGAUAAUAUGUAAGGUUUUACUGUGUUCUUUUGCUUUUAUUUGGCAUACAUUUUAUAAACUUCCCUGUGUCAAAAGUUGUUUUCUCUACUUAUACACUAAAUUUGGAUUUUAAUAUCGGAAACAAAAUCAAAUGUUGUCAUGUUUUUUCUUUUAAUUGGUUUGAAAUGGGACGAGUUUGUGAUUACCCAGUAUGUACUAAGUGUCUUGUUUUUGGGUUUGUCUAUUAUAGAGUUUAGAUGUAAUUUCUUCUCUCAGUUUUCUUCGAUGUUUAGCGGAAAGACAGAUAAAUGGCAAUAUAUCACACAGACUAUACAUAGAAUACUAAAUAUGUGAUAUUCUGCUUUCUGAUAUAUAUUGUGGUCCACGUGAAAAGACUUGAAAAGAAUUGGGUUGACUAAUAUUUCUUUAAAUUGCUCUUAUUUUUACUUAUCCAGAAAUAACACCAAAAUUAAAUGUGUUUGAGUUUAAGUAGUAGAAUGAUGGAUGAGAUGUUGGGAAAUUAUUCACGAUACCCUACAAUUAAGGCAAAAGCAAAGAAGAAUAUCACAUGCAAUAGACAAGUAUUUUAAGCAUCCAAAAAUAAAACUUUUCAAACGCUAGACAGAAUGGACCAUUUCCACAUAACUAGAGAGAACGUCGUGGACACAAGAGGG